AUGAGGUCCCUCAUCCUAACUCUGCUCUUAUUAACCAGGUUAUUAAAGGAAAGGAAUAUCAGAGAUAAAAUCCAACCAUCUUGUUCAUGGAGUGAUGAAGCUUAUUAUCAGUUAAGCCUUGUAGCUGAGGAGUCCUCCCCAGUCUGCCCAGUAUCAUCUAUUGAAAGGAGCCCUGAUGUGGGACUGGUACAGGAAUUACCCCAACUGCUUCCUCCAAUACACCCAGGGCCAACCAUCUAUGUGGACUUCCCAUCUGUAUCGGAUACUUGGGAUGAAUGGAGCCCGGCAGAGAUGCUUGAGGACCUGAUCUCCUCAGACCCCUUCUAUGUGUUCCUCUGCAUUACAUUGGAUCUCCUCGGCCUAUUGUACUACUGGAAGAGGAAGCCAAAGGAGGAAGAUGAUGCUGGGAAAGAGGCACAAAGCCAAGAAGCCUCUGAGUCCAUCCUUGGCCAAUGCCCCCAACCAGGAAUAGCUGCACAAAAAGCUGAUAAAAAGCCCAAAAAGAAACACCUGGGCUUCAGAGUUAGGAAGCGUUUGUACCGAGCUCCACGGAAAGUGAAGAAAAGUGGAAAAGCCAAAGAAGGAAAAAAUGAAUUUGCUUCUUUGUCAAUGUUAUCAGCCUGUGCUUGAAAGGGGACUUCUAACUGCCCAACUCCAUCUGCUCCAACUCCAGUUGCUCCCACUCAGCUGCUCCCACCCAGCUGCUCCCACUCAGCUGUUCCCACUCAGCUGCUCCCACUCAGCUGCUCCAGAUGCUCCAACUCAGCUACUCCAACUCCAGCUGCUCCCACUCAGCUGCUCCCACUCAGCUGCUCCCACUCAGCUGCUCCCACUCAGCUGCUCCCACUCAGCUGCUCCAGAUGCUCCCAUUCCAGCUGCUCCAGAUGCUCCAACUCAGCUUCUCC